UGUGUACGUUACAUAUACAUAUUCCUUAAAAUAAGAAAUAAUGCAGUUACUACAUGGCUUCGUGCGACACACAAAUGGAUGACACAAGAUAUAUCGUUGCGGAAUUUAAAGACGGCCUUCAGUUGAUCCCUGCAUUAUGGUUCAACGGCGAUACGUCUACAAGUAUUUGGCCUAGCCAUUUAAAGACAAAACAACGUAUAAAUAAAGCUAUAAUGACAAGAGAGGUUCCUAAAGAACACACCGAUUGGGAGGAGCUGCCAGUAAAUAAAGUUUUCGGCACGGCAAGUAAUUAUGCAAAAGGUUUGCAGAAAUUAUGUCUUGCAGAAGAUACAUCAAAUGUUGAUGAAACGGGUAUUGAAAUACGAGAACGCGAAAAACAGAGAAGGCGUAAAAAAGCCAAAAGACGUUUAUCAUCUUCUGGAGAUGAAUCAUAUUCUGAUAAAGAAAAUGAUACUCGAUACAAACUGCCUGUUCUUCCCAAAAAACAACAGUUUGUAUCGACAAAAUGUCAUGAGAUAUUGAGGACAUCUGAAGAAGAUACCAGCAAUAUAUUCGAGAACGCGUUAUUUAAUAAUGGCAGAGGUAAUGUAAAGAGCAUUUUGUUAUAUUAUACAUUAUGUUUAUGGAAAUAUUUUGAAUCGAAGACAGCAAUGUUUAGCAAAUUAAAUAGAAUAUUAUAUAAAUUAGAUAGCAUUGAAAAUAAGGUCGAUAUAUGCACGGCGAAGUUACAAUCUGCAAAUAAAACAUACAAUGAACAAAGAAGCGACAUUCGAUUACCGAUACGUACAUUAUCACAGUUAACAUUGUUUAAAGAACAAUUGCAAGACGUAACAUUCAAGGAAGAUGUGCUUCACACAUUUCAACUCAUUGGAGGACAUAAUGUGCAUGUCAUGCUACGAAAUGUAUUAAAAACAGCAAUUGCAGAUACUUUAGUUACACAAUUUAAUUGGAAUGGCAGGAAAAAUAAGAGAUGUUUCAAGGACUUAGAAGUUACAAAACUUAUUAUAC